AUGAAGUUCGCCUACCUUCUUCCCGUGUUGGUUGGCAUAGCCCAGGCCACCGUUUUGCUUGACUUUGACAUCCUCAGAGGCAAGGAAGCACAGCAGUUUGCACAGCAGCACCGGAUUCCAGCCAGGCAGAAGAGAGACGACACUUUGGACGUGCCCAUUUCGAACGAGGCCUACUUUUACUUGACCACGUUGAAAGUUGGUUCAGGUAAGCAGGAGGUGCAGGUAUUGGGGGAUACCGGCUCGUCAGACCUCUGGUUUGCUACAUCUCCAUGUUCCGAGUCCCAAUUGUUCGGUUACAAGAGAGACGUUGAGGAGGAGGAGGAAUCCAAAGCCCCCACUCCAACUUCAGACGAAAUCUACACUGGCUUCAUUUCCGGAGCCGACUCGUUGAUUCCCCAGUUCUCCUCAAUCGUCUCCUUCGAACUGGCAAACAACCCUGUGGUUUCCUUGGGCGAAAACGCCACCAACUACUACUACGCCACCGAGGCUUGCACGGCCUACGGCUCGUUUGCAACAGACUCGUCGGACACCUUCCACCCUAACAAGACCGAGCAGCCCUUCUAUGUCUUGUACGGCGACAGCUCGUAUGCUCUAGGCUACUGGGCCAACGACGACGUUGAAAUUGCUGGCCAGGAGGUCGAGGACCUUUCUUUCGGCGUGGCUCCAUACACAGACUCCUCCAUUGGUGUUUUGGGUAUCGGCUUGCCUGGUCUUGAAGGUACCGUGAGCAUUCGUCACCCCAACAGGUCCUACGAGUACGAAAACUUGCCAUUGCGUCUCAAGAGCUUGGACAUCACCAAGGCCAACGCCUAUGCCGUGUGGUUGGGCAAGAACAACGCUUCCAAGGGUGAGGUUCUUUUUGGAGGCUACGACACUUCGAGGUUUGAAGGCCCAUUGACCAAGUUGCCCAUUAUCAACGAAUACUAUGCUUUGGGCGUCCAGCAUCCCCUCAGAACCAACGUCCUCUUGAACGGGAUCCACGGUGACGGCUUCAAGGUGGACCAGGAUGUGGUUGCACUUCUCGAUACCGGCACCACCUUGGCCUACUUGCCCCAGACCUAUAUCGACCCGCUUGUGGAGAAAGCUGGUGGCGUUUUCUGGGAAGAGGCCUCCCAGUACAACGUCUCGUGUGACUGGCUCGAGUCCAACGACGAGGUCAAGUUCAGGUUCAGCGGUAUCGACAUCAAGGUGCCCUUCAAGGACUUGGUGUACCCCAUCGAUUUGGACGACAAAAGCGAGGGCUGCUUCUUGGGUGUUCUUGACGGCGGCAACAAGAGUGCCAUUUUGGGCGACGUCUUCCUCAAAAGCGCCUACGCCGUUUUCGACUUUGACAAGUACGAAAUCGCCUUGGCCCAGGCUGCCGGUGAGGAAAAGAGAGAGAAGGAAGGGUCCCACAUUGUCACCAUCAGCGACGGAAUCCCCAGCGCCACCGAUGCGCCUCUUUACUCCUCGACCUUCUUGAGCGAUGUGUUGUUGAUCAACUCCACCGCCAGCGAAUACUACUACUCCACCAGGACGCUUGAGCACACCACUGUGGCUGCUGAGUCCACCUCUGCCAACGGCACCAACGGAACCGGGCCCAGCCCAUGGUACCACAGCGACUCUGGAUCCGGCAAAAUCGUGCCAUUUUUCGCUGUUGUCGCUGCUGCCGUUGGAGGUGCCUUGUCCUUCUCGUAG